AUGAAGAAGCUACACGACAUGACUCUCGUUAUGCAGGUAAUGGAUUAUGAUCGAUUCUCUUCCGACGAUCCCAUCGGAGAAAUUCUACUGCCCAUGAAAAGUGUGAAAUUCGAGAAUAGCCCCGUUUAUUGGAAGCAUCUACAACGCCCUACAGUAUCCAGGGAAUUAUGUGGUGAAUUAAUGCUAUCUAUGUGUUAUCUCCCAGAAGUGAACAAAAUCACUGUCAGUGUGAUAAAAGCAAGAGAUCUCAAGGCUAAAGAUAAGAUGGGAAGUUCUGGUAAAUCCAUACGUCAAGCUGUGGUUGUUCAACAAGGAAACAAACUCGAAAAACGAAAAACCUCGGUGAAACCUCAAACCUUAGCGCCCCUCUUCAAUGAAUCGUUUGCUUUUACUGUUCCUUCGAAGGAUGUUCUCGAAAAGGAUGUGAAUCUCCGUCGUCACGGUCAGCAUACUGUAAUGGAUUACGACCUACUGUCCAGUAACGACGAAAUCGGUCAUGCCAUUAUCGGUCCGCUGGGAGGCGAAACUGGUACUCGUCAAUGGAAAGAUGUGAUCGAUCAUCCAGAAACUCCUGUUGCCUCAUGGCAUCGAUUGUCUCCGCGAUGGUGA